AUGUCCGGAGUUGUUCAGAAAGUCGUGAGCGUGCAUCGUGCUUCCAACUUUAUCCUUGUAACGAAACAGUACAAUAAAACUACACGAAUAUUGGAAAAAGGGAGUUGUGUUGUUUGUGACUACUUAAUAGUUAUUGUCAUUCACUUAUUGUUUGUUUACAUUUUAACAGGUUGUGACAAUGCCUCAGAUAAUUUUAUUAUUCAGCGGCAAGAGAAAAUCCGGCAAAGAUUUUCUAACAACUCACUUACAGAAAUUACUUGGCGAGAGAUGUGA